CCGACCAUUGUUGUUGGGUUCCCCUCUUGCCAGGCAGCUCCUUCCUGGACUCACAGAACCAGACCCAGGAGGGAAGGGGAGUGACUGCAGGGAAAUGGGGGCCGGAGGGGUGGGGCCAAGUCCAGCAACCCUGCCUCCCCGCCCCCACCCCGCGAGCUCACAGGGUAAGGGUGAGAGGUCCGCACUCUAGAACGUUCCAGACACCUGUUCACACCUGGGGGGACCAGGGGCCCCGCCACCCCGCCCGUGGGAAGCACCAGACUGAAAGCGAGCGGGCACCGGGGCCUUGGAGCCGAACCUGCACCUGAAGCCAGUCCCUCCCCUCCCGUGGGUGCGGGAGGCCACACGGACGGAUGCUUACGAGCUGCCAGCAAGCACGCACGCACGCAGCCUUUCUGCUCUGAAGCCCAGCGCACAGUCCCCGCCUGUCCCCCCUGCUUCCAGGAAAUUCUCCACGGAUUUUAUUUCAUGUGACCAUCUCCCAAGAACCAGCCCAUCUGGGCCAGAACCGGACACUCGCUCGAGGCCAGCCAUUGCUGCGGGGUGCAGUCCCUGGGCCUGGCUGGGGUGGGGGGGCAGGCGGGCCUGCAGGCUGUGCUGCUGCCUCCUGGCUCUGUGCCCCGCCCACCCCAGGGACAGCACUGACCCAAGGCCAACGCGUGUCCCAGAAGGUACAACUGUGUCCUGAGUUUCUGCCCAAAUGUCUGCUCGGUUCACUUCAGCCAGCUGCCCUGGCGCCAUGUGGAGCUGCGGUCCGCUCAACGGCACGGGCCGGGGCGAGGACCAGCCCUUCUGCCAGCACUCCCAGCUGGUGCUGUCCGCCUUCUCCCUGCUCUACCUGGCAGUCGGCGUGCCCGUGGGCCUGGGCUACAACGCGCUGCUGGUGCUGGCGAACCUGCAGGACCAGGGCAGCAUGACCAUGCCCGACGUCUACUUCGUGAACAUGGCCGUGGCCGGCCUGGUGCUCAGCGCCCUGGCACCCGCGCACCUGCUGGGCCCCGGCGCCUCCGGGUGGGCCCUGUGGGGCUUCAGCAGUGAGGCCCACGUGACGCUGCUGGUCCUGUUCAACGUCUGCUCGCUGGUGACCAUGUACUCCACGGCCCUGCUCAGCCUGGACUACUACAUCGAGCGGGCGCUGCCGCGCACCUACAUGUCCAGCGUCUACAACAGCCGGCACGUGUGCGGCUUCGUCUGGGGCGGGGCCCUGCUCACCAGCUUCUCCUCGCUGCUCUUCUACAUCUGCAGCCACGUGGCGGCCAGGAUCGUCGAGUGCGCCAAGAUGCAGCACCCGGAGGCCGCCGACGCCAUCCUGGUGCUCAUCGGGUACCUGGUGCCCGGCCUGGCCGUGCUCUACGCCCUCGUGCUCAUCUCCCGGAUCCGCAAGGAGGACACGCCCCUCGACCAGGACUCGGGGAGGCUGGACCCCUCGGUGCACAGGCUCCUGGUGGCCACCGUGUGCACGCAGUUCGGGCUCUGGACGCCGCACUACCUGACCCUCCUGGGGCACACGUCGCUGGCCUUGCGCGGGGGCGCGGGGCCCGGGCCGCACCUGGGGCGCCGAGGCAAGAACACACGACAGUACAGGCCCGUGCUCUGGACCAGGUGCCUGUGCGAAGGGGAGCUGCGCUCAGGCCGGCUCCUGGAGGUGGGCGUCCCCCAGCACCCUCCCACGGGGCUUCACGAAUGA